AUGGCAUACACUAGAGCAGAAAAGGAGAAGAUAAUACGGCAUUUUAAGUCUGAACAUGAGAAGAGGUUACAACGUAUACGCAAGAUGGUGGAUGAUAAAGCAAGAAUAUAUGAACAUAGGGUUUUAAGAAGAUUGAAUACUGUCAGUGUGACCUUAUGGAACGUACGGUUAAAAGAAGUAUUAGAGGUAGAAAGACAUCACAAACCUACUAUAAAAAGUUUACUCAAUGAUAUAAAAGCUUUGCGAGAUGACUCUCCUUUUAAUAGGGGUUUAUCUGCUUCGUAUAAUUCAAGCAAAUCAUGA